AUGGAAGCAAGCAAACUGGCAAAUGUUGAAAUGAUGAGAUUACUAUUGGCUGAAGUAAGGGCUGGUGGACAAGGUCCACAGCAACAGCCACAGCCACAGCCACAACCACAACAGCAUGUUCCUCCUCCUGAAAAUCCCAUUGUGGUGGAGGAAUAUUACAGAAGAAAGCACAAGGACCAAGCAGCUUCUAAUUCUGGUCCUAAAAGUAAUACUGGAAAUUCUAAGGGAAAAGGUUUGCAGGUGAAGCAGUCUGAUGGUAAGUUCAAGAAGAUAGGGAAUUCAAAGCAGGGGAAUUUUAAAUCUGUUCCUCAAUGUGCUAUCUGUGGAAGAGCCCAUGCAGGGGUCUGCAGGAAAGAAAAAGGUCUUUGUUAUAAGUGUGGUCAACCCGGGCAUUUUAUAAAAGACUGCCCUUUUAGUGGGGGACAGGUUUCUGCAAUUCAGGCUACCCCGGCCCCUAUGAUGAUUGAGGAGCCAUCUCUACCUCUCCCACCUCCUACUGCCCGAGUGUAUGCAGUGACUCAGCCAGAGGCUGAGAAAUCCUCUACUUUGGUGCGAGGUAUGAUUUCUAUUAAAGAUGAACUGCUUAGUGUAUUAUUUGAUUCUGGUGCCACACAUUCUUUUAUUGCUGAUUAUGUAGCCGACGCAUUUGGUCUGCCUUUGACAAUAAUGAAAACUCCUAUGCGUAUUGUUACGGCUGUGGGGAAUGUUUUUAAUGAAAAGUAUAUUUGUGAAGAUGUGAAAUUCAAGUAUGAAGGCAAGGAGUAUUCUGCCGAUUUUAUUGUUUUGCAUCUUGCAUCU